AUGAGCAUCCAAGAAGGCCCGAAAGUUAUACAGACGUCGCUUCGGAAUACAGCAGCUCAGAAACGGCACGAGAAAGCUUCCUUCUCCGGUCUGCCUUCUGACGCCUUGCAACCGAGCAAAGUUACGACCUGGGGGCGAUCCGGCAGCAAUCGACCAUGGCUGCGAUCUUUCCUAUCAGCAACACCACUCUGGCUCGGUCCAUUGGCAGCAGUGUCGUUUGAGAUUUCUCUUCGCCACUUCAAUGGUUCGCUGGCGAUGGUCCUUACAGCGUACCGAGAGCAAGGGAUUCUGCCGGUCUUGUAUACAUACGGACCGCGAUGGAGCUUGAAAACUCUGAUGGCUUACACCUGCUGGAUUGUGCUCCAAGCAAUCCUGUAUGUUGGCCUGCCGGGGCCGAAUCAUCAAGGACAACAAACUCCAGCAGGACACCUUCUCAGCUACCGAGUAAACGGGCUUCGUGCUUGGAUUCUCACCUACUCGUUGCUUUCUGUACUAUUGGUGGCAGGAGUAAUUGACUUGGCGCUUGUGGCGGAAGACUGGUCUGGGUGGUUCGUCGCAAUGAAUCUGUUUGGGUUCCUUGCAUCAGCGAUGGCUUUUGUUAAAGCACAUGUUGCGCCGACUCAUCCCGGUGAUCGCAAGUUUACAGGUAACGCAUUCCUCACUACCAGUGGCCUCAACUCUACUGCCUAUGAUUUUUACAUGGGAAUUGAGCUCAACCCAAGGCUCGGCGAGGACUUCGACCUGAAGCUCUUCACCAAUGGACGAGCAGGCAUGAUGACUUGGACUCUGAUAGAUAUUUCCAACCUUGCUUUACAAUAUCGCAACGGAACUUUAUCAGCGAGCCUCGUCCUUGUCACGAUUCUCCAUAGCAUUUACGUUGUUGACUUUUUUGCAAACGAAUCUUGGUACCUCCGGACGAUAGACAUCACUCAUGAUCAUUAUGGUUUUUACUUGGCCUGGGGCUGUUUUACGUGGCUUCCGGCCAUGUAUACGCUUCAGGCCCAAUAUCUGGGGCGGUAUCCGACGAGACCCUCGCCAGCCUACAUGGCCGUCACUCUCUCAUUGGGUCUUUUGGGAUACUAUAUCUUCCGUCGCGUAAACGCUCAGAAGGAUUUAUGUCGAAGAACCAAUGGAAACUGCCUAAUUUGGGGGAAGCCCGCGCGGUUCAUCAUCGCGCCCUACAGGACCUCGGAUGGGACGCUGCACAAAAGUCUCCUCCUUUGCAACGGCUGGUGGGGUGUUUCACGCCACGCGAAUUACACUGGAGAUAUUUUAUUGAGUUUCUCCAUGUGCGCUGUGGUUGGUACGACUACGCUGCUGGUUUGGUUUUACGCCAUCUUCAUGACCGGAUUGCUGCUCCAUAGAUGUUUGAGAGACGAGGAGCGAUGUCUGGCAAAAUAUGGUUUAUCUUGGGACGAAUACUGCCGAAGAGUCCCAUGGCGGCUGAUUCCAGGUAUUUGGUGA